AUGUCCCCAAUCCUCCACGUCCCCAUGCCUCCAAGGCCCCUGGUCCUGUUCCUCCAAGCCUCCAAGCCUCCAAACCCCAUGCCUCCAGGUCUCCAUGCCUCCAUGCCUUCAAAUCCCCAUGCCUUCAAGGUCCCCAUGCCCCCCCUUCCGCACCUCCAUAUCAGCAUGCCUCCAAGUCCCCAUGUCCCCAUGCCUCUAAGUCUCCAUGCUCAAGCCUCCCUAAGCAUCCAAGCUAAACAAGGUUCCAAGCCUCCACGCCUCCACGCCUCCACGCCUCCAUGCCUCCAAGUCUCCGUCUCCUGCCUCCCGGGUGUCUUCAUGCUCCAUGUCCCGAUGCCUCCUAGCCUCCAGGGGUAUCCCAUGCCUCCAGGCCUCCAUGUCUGGAGCCUGGCAGUCUCCAAGCCUCCAUGUCCUCGUGCCUCCAAACCUCCAGGGUCCCCGUGUCUACAUGCCUCCAUGUCCCCAUGUCCCCGUGCCCCCCAAACCUCCAGGCCUCCAGUCCCCAUGCCUCCAUGUCCCCAUGCCUCCAAGCGCCCAUGCGCUCCAAAUACCCGUGCCUCCAGGCCUCCAGGGUCCCCAUGCCUCCAGGUCCCCAUGCCCCAAGCCUCCACGCCUCCAUGUCCACAGGCCUCAAGGGAUCUCCAAGCCUCCAAGUCCCCAUGCCUCGUCUCCAAUCUUCCAAACCUCCAGGUGUCCAUGUUUCCGUGCCUCAGCCUCCAAAGUCCCCAUGGUCAAAGUCCCCAUGCCUCCAAACCUCCAUGCUCCCCGGUAUUGGGUUGCAUUGAAUGA